AUGGCGCGACCCAGAGCCUUUUCACACUGGCCGCUGGCCAUUGUGCUCCUCCUGCUGGGCUGGAUCAGUGUGAAUGUGUCCGCCCAGCCUUACCCACCCUUUUCGCCGAGCCCAAGCGGCGAUAACCUGUUGGUUAACGGCGAUUUCGAGGACGCUUCUUCGACAAGCGACACGUUUGUCACAAUCGACCCGAGGAACUCGACUGGGGCGUACUUAACCGGCUGGGAGAUUAUCUAUAACCCGUAUAACCCAGACGGAACCCCCAGCGGGGGGAACAUCGAGGUCGACGGAAACUUCCAAUGGCAGCCGUUCUCGGGCAACCGUUCGAUCGACAUGGCAGGAACAUCAGGGGGGGCGAUGCGCCAGAGUUUCUCAACGGCGCCGAGGGCUACGUACCAGCUCCAGUUUGCGCUCGCGCGAAACCCCGACAACUUUGCUAACGACCAAAGCCUACGCUGGUUGGAGGUAUCCGUAGGCGACGCCGAGGUCGAGUUUUCGGUUAGCGCGAACGACGGGAGCCCGACCAGAGCCGACAUGCAGUAUUCCGUUCAGACCGUUCCGUUCACGGCGAACGGAACGGUGACGACGCUGCUGUUUGCGGAGGGCGGGAACACGGCCGCGGACGGUUAUGGUUGCGUCAUCGAUGGCGCGAUCGUGACGUUCGUCAGCGUGCCCCCGGUUACCGGGAACCUUCUCCUCAACCCGGACUUUGAGGAAGGAACCCCCUUCACUGAAGAGAGGUUCUACAGAGUCGAUCCCAGAAACCUUACCGGAUAUUGGCUGGCAAACUGGGAUGUUAUCCCGAGCCGGAGUCAAUACGCCGGGACUGACCUUGGGAGCAUCGAAGUGAACCGUUACACUUACUGGGAGGCGUAUUCGGGAGAGCGCUCUAUUGACAUGGCUGGCCAAACCCCUGGAGCGAUAUCGCAAAGUUUCGUCACUACUCCGGGGGCCCUCUACGACCUUUCCUUCGCCCUCAGCCGAAACCCCGAGAGCUCUAGCACGGACGUCAAGACGCUGGUAGUUGACGUCGGAAACCUGACCGGGGGAUCCGCUCAGUACUUUCCGGUUCCGUUCGACCCCGCGCGGACCACCACGAACAUGUUGUAUACGCUCCAGCGGCUGACGUUUGCUGCCGUCAGCAACGAGACGACGCUGGUGUUCUAUGAGGAGGACGCGACCUCGAGCGCGUACGGGGCGGUGAUUGAUUACGUGGCGGCGACGGAAAGCGAUUUGUAUCCUGCGCCCCCCCCCUUCCCCAGUUCCCCCCACCACGAGUGGCUCCCCCCCCUCCGCUCCGAUCCCCCCCGCCGCCCCUCAUUUCCCCUCCGCCCCCUCUCAGCUCACUACCACCUCCUGCCAGUUUUCCACCCCCCCAAGUAUCACCUCCUCCUCCGGUUCUUGCCCACCCCCCUCCGGCGAACCCCCCCGCCGUCCCUCUCAAUCCGCCUCCAAAUCAGCCCCCCCCUCAACUUUUCCGCCCCCGAAAGUAUCCCCCCCCCUCCGGUUCUUGCGCCCCCAACUUCGGUGAACCCACCCCCUCUCCUCCUCAAUCCGCCUCCAACUCAGCCCCCCCCCCUAGCGCCCCCCCCAACUCUUUCGUCACCACCUCCAAAUUUACCUCCCCCCCCAUCGAGCGUGCCGUUUCCUCCCCCGGUGUUGGUGCCCCCCCCGCUCUCGAGCCCACCGCCAAUACCGGCAGAAAGUAACCCUCCCCCACCCGCCGUGCCAUCGUUACCACCCCCUUUCCCCGCCUUUCCCCCUCCGGCGAUCGCUCCCGCUUUCCCACCCCCAGCAAUUCGUCCCACUCCCCCCUCCCCCACCCCCGCCCCCACAUUUCCGCUCCCCGCCUGUGACGACAUUUGCGAGGUGGCUGACGUCACUUCGCUCAUAUUCUGCGCCGCUUCCGGGUCUUGUGAGGUGUACAUGGCCCUGGGGACUUACGUACUUUCCGCGCCCCUUCCGCCGCUCGCGCGGACGGUCACCUUCCUGGGGUGGGGCUCGACGAUCGUGAUAGAAGGCUCCGCGCCACCCCCCCCUUUCGUCGCGCCCUCGCCGCUGCUUGCGUCCCCCCUCCCUUCCAAGGAUUUGCAACUUCCACCCCCUGCGCUUUCAGCACCCCCCCCUAUUCUCGAAACUGCGCCGUAUCCUCCCCCGCCAACGUACAUUUCUCCCCCCCUGGCAGACGAAGUCUCCACGAACAGCCCCCCGGAAACGCUGCCCAUCCCCCCCCUGGGACGGCAUCUCCAAUAUUCUCGCCCCCCCGACCCCAACUUCGCUUACGGCCACGCCCCCACCUGUAGAGACUACUCAAGCUCCCUUACUACCCCCACCUUCAGAAACGUCUGA